GUUGUCGUGUUUGUCAUUGUGGUCAGGGUUGUCACUGUUGUCGCUGUUGUCGUUGUUGUCAUUGUUGUCACUGUUGUCAAUGUUGUCGCUGUUGUCACUGUUUUAACUGUUGUCACUUUUGUCGCUGUUUUCGUGUUUGUCAUUGUUGUCCUUGUUGUCACUGUUGUCGCUUUUGUCACUGUUGUCGCUGUUAUCAUGUUUGUCAUUGUGGUAAGGGAUGUCACUGUUGUCACUAUUGUCGUUGUUGUCAUUGUUGUCACUGUUGUCAAUGUUGUCGUUGUUGUUGCUGUUUUAACUGUUGUCACUCUUGUCGCUGUUGUCGUGUUUGUCAUUGUGGUAAGGGUUGUCACCGCUGUCGUUGUUGUCAUUGUUGUCACUGUUGUCACUGUUGUCGCUGUUGUCGUGUUUGUUAUUGUUGGCAGGGUUGUCACUGUUAUCACUGUUGUCGCUGUUGUCGUGUCUGUUUUUGUUGUCAGCGUUGUCACUUUUGUCGCUGUUGUCGUGUUUGUCAUUGUUGUCACGGUUGUCGCUGUUGUCACUGUUGUCAUUAGGGAGUUUAAGAUACGGCGACUACGGACUACGGCUACGGAUAAAUAUGCUACUGAGCAUGAUCAAAACCACGUAACUGUUCAUUUUUCCCGCGUAGUCCUGCGGCUACGGUGAGUUGUUGAGCUGUUUCGCGUAGUCGGGACUACGGAGAACAUUUUGCUUGUAUUUUGCCGUCUCGGUAAUUCAAGAAUCUCGUCUUUUCGUAAAAAAGUUUUCAAUUCACCUGCUUUAAGUGAGAGGGAAGCGAAAUAUGUAAGUUGUGUCUAAUCUCUGCUCAGAUUUACGCUUUUAAUCCACUGUCGUGACUACAUUGCUCAUAGAAUUCAGAUUGACGGCCUAGGAGAAGAGAAAUCAUGCAGGUAAUGUACUUUCUCUUCUCACUUGAAAAGUUUCAAUGUUUGUUCGAACUGAUUACUGUGUCUUUCUACUUGUGUAACAUUUAUUUAUGCGAGUUUUUGUAUCGCGCCAUUUGCUUAAUGAAAAUGAUGUAAACAUCUUCGAGACAAUCGAAACUCGGCGUUUCAAUACUUCAAACUACAUCACAUCAGUAGUCGGAGAAGUCCAUCUUCUAAAUCUAAUAAAUGAGCUAUUACUAUCUCUGUCUAUUUCUUUAAUAUUUGACAUAAGUAUUCGUGGGCGAAAAAAUAAAGCCUGUGUAACCAAAACUUUGUUUACCAAUUUCACCCGACGUAAUUGCUUCCUUCAAGUAUGGAAGAAUUUGUUCAUUGUUCUAAAGAUAAGAUCACAUGCAAAACUGACUUGCAUUUUUGUGAACUGUGAUGAAAACAAGAAAAUCUUUGCGUGUUGUUUCCCUCUCCGCCUCUUCUCUCGUAGUCUACUGUCUGUAGUGCAAUCUUAACGUUCUAUAUUUGCACGACUCAACCCAGUGCUACAAACAAAGGACAACGCUCGUCCAGCCGUAGUUCGUAGUCCGUAGUCUCCGUAUCUUAAACUCCCUAUUUUUCUCAUUGUUGUGACUGUUGUCAAUGUUCUUGCUGUUCUCACUGUUGCGGUUGUCGCUUUUGUCACUGUUGUAGCUUUUGUCGUGUUUGUUAUAAAUGUCAGGGUUGUCACCGUUGUCGUUGUUGUCAUUGUGGUCACUGUUAUCACUGUUGUCGCUGUUGUUGUUUUUGUUAUUGUUGUCAGGGUUGUCACUGUUGUCGUGUUUCUAAUUGUUAUCACGGUUGUCACUGUUUUCGUUGUUGUCAUUGUUGUCACUGUUGUCACGGUUGCCGCUGUUGUCGUGUUUGUCAUUGUGGUCAGGUUUGUCACUGGUGUCACCGUUGUCGUUGUUGUCAUUGUUGUCACUGUUGUCGUUGUUGUCACUGUUAUCGCUGUUGUCAAUGUUGUCGUGUUUGUCAUUUUGGUCAGGGUUGUCACUGUUUUCACUGUUUUGCUUUUGUCGCAUUUGUCAUUGUUCUCACUGUUAUCGCUGUUGUCACUGUUGUCGAUAUAGUCACUGUUGUCAUUGUUGUCACUUGUCACUGUUGUCAUUGUUGUCAAUAUUGCCACGGUUGUCAAUGUUGUCGCUGUUGUUGCUUUUGUUACUGUUUUCGCUGUUGUCGCAUUUGUCAUUGUUUUCGCUGUUGUCAUUGUUAUUGCCGUUGUCGCUGUUGUUACUGUUGUCAGGGUUAUCACUGUUGUCGCUGUUGUUGUGUUUGUUAUUGUUGUCAGGGUUGUCACUUUUGUCGCUGUUUUCGUGUUUGUCAUUGUUGUCACGGUUGUUGCUGUCGUCGUUGUUGUCAUUGUCGUAACGGUUCUCACCGUUGUCGCUGUUGUCGCGUUUGUCAUUGUUGUCAGGGUUGUCACUGUUGUCGCUGUUGUCCUUGUUGUCGUUGUUGUCGCUAAUGUCGCUUUUGUCACUGUUGUCACUAAUGUCGCUGUUUUUGUGUUUGUUAUUGUCGUCAGGGUUGAAACUAUUGUCGUUGUUGUUAUUGUCACUGUUGUCAGUGUUGUCGUUGUUGUCAUUUUUGUCAAUGUUGUGGCUGUUGUCGCUAUUGGCACAGUUGUUGCUUUUGUCACUGUUGUCGGACUUGUCAUUGUUGUCACUGUAGUCAAUUUUCUCGCCGUUGUUAUUGUUGUCACUGUUGUCGCUGUUGUCGUGUUUGUCAUUCUUGCCAGGGUUGUCACUGUUGUCGCUAUUGUCCGUGUUGUCAUUGUUGUCACUGUUGACGCUGUUGUCGCUGUUGUCGUGUUUGUCAUUGACCAGUCCCAACAGUGACAACAGCGACAACAGCAACAACAGUAACAACAGUGACAACAGUUACAACAGCGACAACAGUGACAAAAUUGACAACAGUGAAAAGUCGCUGUUUUCGUGUUUGUCAUUGUUGUCAGGGUUGUCACUGUUGUUGCUGUUGUUCUUGUUGUCAUUGUUGACGCUGUUGCUACUGUCGUCGCUGUUGUUGUGUUUGUCAUUGUUAUUGUUGUAACUGUUGUCGCUGUUGUCGUCUUUGUCAUUGUUGUCAGGCUGGCACUGUUGUCUUUGUUGUCCUUGUUGUCACUGUUGUCGCUGUUAUCAUGUUUGUCAUUGUAGUAAGGGAUGUCACUGUUGUCACUGUUGUCGUUGUUGUCAUUGUCGUCACUGUUGUCAAUGUUGUCGCUGUUGUUGCUGUUUUAACUGUUGUCACUCUUGUCGCUGUUGUCUUUUUUUCAUUGUGGUCAGGGUUGUCACCGCUGUCGUUGUUGUCAUUGUUGUCACUGUUAUCACUGUUGUCGUGUUUGUUAUUUUGUCAGGGUGGUCACUGUUAUCACUGUUGUCGCUGUUGUCGUGUCUGUUUUUGUUGUCAGCGUUGUCACUUUUGUCGCUGUUGUCGUGUUUGUCAUUGUUGUCACGGUUGUCGCUGUUGUCACUGUUGUCAUUUUUCUCAUUGUUGUGACUCUUGUCAAUGUUGUUGCUGCUGCACUGUUGCGGUUGUCGCUUUUGUCACUGUUGUAGCUUUUGUCGUGUUUGCUAUAAAUGUCAGGGUUGUGACCGUUGUCGUUGUUGUCAUUGUUGUCGCUGUUGUUGUGUUUGUUAUUGUUGUUAGGGUUGUCACUGUUGUCGCUGUUCUCGUGUUUGUCAUUGUUAUCACGGUUGUCACUGUUGUCGUUGCUGUCAUUGUUGUCACUGUUGUCACGGUUGUCGCUGUUGUCGUGUUUGUCAUUGUGGUCAGGUUUGUCACUGGUGUCACCGUUGUCGUUGUUGUCAUUGUUGCCACUGUUGUCGUUGUUGUCACUGUUAUCGCAGUUGUCACUGUUGUCGUG